GAGGAGGGCUCUUGAGAGGAAGGAAGGUAGGGAAGGGAAGGGUCGCGAGCGGGCGGGGAAAGCCGAGCGUCUGAGGCGAGAGCCAGGCGAGAAGGGCUCCCACAAUAGCAGGCGGGUCGUGAGCCGGUGGCGCUCCCGCGGUCUCUUGAACGCCGGAGGGAGCAAUGCCGAAGGGUGGAAAAUGGCAGAGCUGCAAAUGUUACUAGAAGAGGAAAUCCCUUCGGGCAAGCGGGCUUUGGUGGAGAGCUACCAGAACCUCACCAGGGUCGCCGACUACUGCGAAAACAACUACAUCCAGGCUCCAGACAAAAGGAAAGCAUUAGAAGAGACCAAAGCAUAUACAACCCAAUCUUUAGCCAGUGUUGCUUACCAGAUCAAUGCAUUGGCCAACAAUGUGCUCCAACUACUGGAUAUCCAAGCCUCCCAGCUCCGGAGAAUGGAAUCCUCAAUCAAUCAUAUUUCACAGACAGUGGACAUACAUAAAGAAAAAGUUGCCCGUAGAGAGAUUGGCAUUUUGACAACUAAUAAGAAUACUUCCAGAACACACAAAAUAAUAGCUCCAGCAAACAUGGAGCGGCCUGUAAGGUAUAUUCGAAAACCGAUAGACUACACAGUAUUGGAUGACGUAGGCCAUGGUGUGAAGUGGCUAAAAGCCAAGCAUGGAAGCAAUCAGCCUGCAAGAACUGGCACUUUGUCAAGAACAAAUCCUCCUACACAGAAACCACCAAGUCCUCCUAUGUCAGGCCGAGGAACGCUAGGACGGAACACUCCCUAUAAAACGUUGGAGCCUGUUAAGCCACCCACAGUCCCCAACGAUUACAUGACUAGUCCAGCAAGACUUGGAAGUCAGCACAGUCCUGGAAGAACAGCUUCCUUAAACCAGAGGCCGAGGACACAUAGUGGUAGUAGCGGAGGAAGCGGCAGUCGAGAAAACAGUGGGAGCAGUGGUAUUGGCAUUCCCAUUGCAGUGCCUACACCUUCACCACCAACUAUUGGCCAAGCUGUUCCUGGGUCAGCUCCUGGUUCCCAGUAUGGCACAAUGACCAGGCAGAUUUCCCGACACAACUCUACCACUUCUUCAGCCUCUUCUGCUGGAUUUAGGAGGAAUCCUUCUGUGACUGCUCCAUUUUCUGCUCAACCUCAUGUUAAUGGCGGGCCUCUCUAUUCUCAAAACUCAAUUUCUAUUGCUCCACCCCCUCCCCCUAUGCCUCAGUUGACUCCACAGAUACCUCUCACAGGCUUCGUGGCCAGGGUGCAAGAAAACAUUGCUGACAGUCCAACUCCACCUCCACCACCACCUCCAGAUGAGAUGCCUAUGUUUGAUGACUCUCCACCACCUCCACCACCACCACCAGUGGAUUAUGAAGAUGAGGAGGCUGCAGUAGUGCAGUACAAUGAUCCGUAUGCUGAUGGAGAUCCAGCCUGGGCACCUAAAAACUAUAUUGAGAAAGUUGUUGCCAUAUAUGACUACACAAAGGACAAGGAUGAUGAGCUGUCAUUCAUGGAGGGUGCAAUCAUUUAUGUGAUAAAGAAGAAUGAUGACGGUUGGUAUGAAGGUGUAUGCAACAGAGUGACUGGCCUGUUUCCUGGAAAUUAUGUUGAAUCAAUCAUGCACUAUGCAGAUUAAUUCUUGCUUGAGGUCAGGCCUUGCCUUCAGUCAUGCCAUAAUGAUCUACAAAGGGUAAAUUAACACUUGUCUUAAUGCUCUUUAAAAUGUGCACAUCCUUUCCAGGCCAUACUAUUUAAAUGGCAUGAUUGAAUGUUCAUCUGUAAGCAUCUGUCUCUGGAGUUUGUAAAAUGAACAAAUGUUUUAGAGGUGUGCAGAACGGAAUGGCUUGUUCUCAGAAAUUCUGUUUUUUUCCCAGAAUGGCCCAGUCUGAACAUUCUGGGUGACAUUUGUGUUUCCAGAAGCCUUUCUUCUGGAUCAGGAAGUGACUCAUGGUGUUCCAGACACCAUCUGGUUCUAAAACAAGAGUUCUACAAACCAUUUCUCAUUCCAGAAGAUAUACUUCCAGAAACAUACAUUCAAGAAAUGGUUGGUUUGGCCCAUUCCAGAGGAGAAACAGAACAUUCCAAGAAAAAGCUAUUCUGUUUUGCAAAUAACUAAACUGUUUAUUACUGAUUAUGCUUAUUUACUUAUGCGUUGUUUUUUACGACCAGCCUAAAUAUUCUGGGGAAGUAGGGUAUAUACUAUUUAAUGACUCAUGAUUCAAAUCGUGCCAUUGUUUUCUUUUCUCAGUGCAACAAUGUGAUAAACUAACAACUGUUAGACUAACAUCAAAUCUGGUUGAAAAAUUCAAUAAUGCUGGUCAUUUUACCUUUGUUUAGACUAUUGCUCAUCCUCAAAGUAUAGUAUUUGUUUAAAAGCAUGCAUAAAAACUUAUGUAUUGAAUUACACUUUUUUUCUCAAAAUCCAAGAUGCUUCCAAUUCGUUGUAAUCUUUUACUGGAGUAAUUUCACUAAAAGUCUAUUCCAAUGAGUCAUUUGAGUCUCUAUCGAAGAUGUCCAUGUGAAUCAAAGAUGGGUGGUCUUAUGAUGUGUAUGUAAUUUGUACCUGAGUUUUUAAUGAGUAAAAUUGCAUUGACUUUUCCAUUCAUAAAUACAUAAGUGAACCAAAGGUCUUGUCCAUUACUUUUGUUGGCUUGCCUUGCCUUGCAAAGCAAUAUUGAAGCAUGUUGACUUACCAAAUUUCCCCCUUAUCAACAGGGACCUUUUUAAUUGCAAGUCCAAAGUCUUGACACCACAACAAAGGGAAAACUACACUUCUGCAGGCUUACCAUAUAUUCAGAUUACACUAUUAUUUGGUUUAUUCAUUAGUAAAUGGAAUGCGGACUUAUGGAGACUGCUACCCAUGACUUUGAUUAGCUACUAUUGGAAACAGAAAGCACAGCAAUAAAAGGCUUAUGGAAGAAUGUAUAAAACAAAGUCAUCCUAGCUCACUAAAAUGCCUGCUCGCUUUCUCUUUCUGGUCUCUUAUCAGACUGGAGUGAUCUGGGAGCAAGUUUUCAGCAGAAAUCUGUUUCUCUUCUUGCCUGUCAGAGUGUGGCCAGGGCUGUCCAAGUUAUAAUAUUGAUGUACCAUAAGAUGGGUGAAGUAAACAUUUAAUCACCUUUGUAUUUCAGCUGCAGUGGUAAAUGCAGUGGUACUUUUCAUGUACCAAGCAGCCUUUUGCUGUAGUAGAACUGCCUUAAGAGAGGAGCUUUAGUGAUUCAUUGCAAAAUUAGAUGAAUAAUUUUCUGCAAUGUGCAGAGGGUGGGUGAACAAACUAUCUCAAGCAACUGUUCCAAUUACUGCCCCCAUUUAAAAGGUCUCUUGUCCUGCUGAAAGUAAAAUUUCAUCAUUGAGGGGAUUUUCUACUGAUUUGUCCACAUCACUGUAUUUAAGUAGGUUGCUGCAGAGAACAUCUAGGAAUACAGAGCAUACGGGCCUAAGAGCAGGGAUGUACUUCCAUAGCAAUGCUGUUUCUAGACAUGCAUCCCACUAGAGAGAGCAAGCAGCAGCUUAUGUAGAAAAAGGCAUAGGUUGUCAUAUAGCCCAUUUGGCUUUUAGUGUGCACUAGAAUACCUCCAGUUUGAGCACAAGGUCAAGUGAUGCUUCUGCUUUUGGACUAUACACAAGUUAAGACUAUAAAUAUUCAUAAACUAUGAAUAUUAGUAAGGGAUUUGUUGCUUUAUGUAGUAAAGAUUUAUUUGGACUUAAGCACUGUCCUAAUGGGUAUUACAUGAUGAAAAAGCAAGUGUACUGGAUACAAGAGCAGUAAUAUUAUUUUCUAGCAUGACAUUAAAUAUUGAAGGUUCCCUUGCCGCCUUGUUCCUUAAUGAACCUAAUUAAUUGCUUUAUUUGCCUUUUCCUGAUUGUUAACAUGUUAUUUCUGACAUCAAACAGCAACCCAUGAAACCUAUUUGUAUUCCCUUUAUAAAUUGGAACACUUCUUGAUUUGUAUAUAACCUGUUUUAAUUAUAACAAGUAUGUACAGUCUUUUAUAAUAAACCAUUCUUUAAUUUUC